AUGGGAGGUGCCGGCCAUCCAUCCGUCUCAGCUGCUGUCGGCGCCGACAGUCUGGGACAAGCUAGAAAGCGCAAUGUUGUCAUGGCGGGAUUGGACAGCUCCCCCGGCAGCAUUGACGACAUCGAGGAUCUUGAUGCACGAGAAGAUAAGAAGAGACAGCCAGUGAAACGAGCCUGCAAUGAGUGUCGGCAGCAGAAGCUCCGGUGUGAUGUGACGCAGGACCCUUGGAUGGAUUGCUCUCGAUGUCGUCGCCUGAAACUUGAUUGUAAAAUCGAAUCCAACUUCAAACGUGUGGGGAAGCGCAGUCGGAAUGCUGAGAUGGAGCGAGAGAUAAUUGAGCUGAGAAAGCAGAUUGCCAAUAACCAGACGAACUCCGGCGUGUCUGUUUCUCAGCAGCAGCAACCACCGUCUUUGCAUUCAGCCCAACUGACACCCAAGCAAGACUCCAGCCAAGUCAGUCCAGCUGGAGUUUAUCAGACACCUUCCGCCAUAUCCUCUGACCAGUACAUGGGUUCUCAUGAAGCUGUUGCGUCGCUGCUUGAUUUGCGUUCAGGAUUCGAUAAUUCCAACUACAUGAGAAAUGGCAAUCAACAGGUGAAACGGAUUGAAGAUGUUGUGGUUGUGCCAGAGAAAGUGGCGGAGUUGUUCGAUCUGUUCUUCAUGUUCUACGACCCAUUCCUUCCAUUCCUUGACCGAGAACAAUCGCCAGAGGAUUAUUACACCGCAUCGCCACUACUAUUCUGGACUGUUAUUAGCGUCGGCGCCAGACGAUAUCAAACCGACUCGCACCUCUUAAACUCACUUGCUGGCCCGGUGUCACGCUUAGUAUGGAGUACAUUGGCGGAUAUACCACAAAGCUACCAUGUCGUGAAAGCUCUUUGUUUGCUUUGCACAUGGCCGUUUCCCGCGAGUAGCACCUCUACUGACCCAACUUUCAUGCUGUGUGGUAUGAUGAUGCAAGUUGCCAUGCAACUGGGCCUUCACCGGCCUUCCCAUACUCAGGAUUUUAGUAAAUUCACAGUGGAACUAAUCGAAGAGGAACUGAGAGAUAAGGUGAGGACAUGGGCUGUUUGCAACAUUGUCGCUCAACGAGUUGCAACCGGUUAUGGCCAGCCGCCGUCCACUAUCUAUGAUUGGACAUUGUCCUCGAGUGGCUCAAUAGAUCCAAACUUCAAGCUCCCUGAUGGCAUCAAGCCCAGACUGGAGGUCGAAAAAUUUUGUGACAAGGUAACGAAAUCACUCUACACUAACCGGCGAGACCCGGUUGGAUUGUGCAGCGAUCAGGAAAGAUCAUCAUUAAUUUCGUUUCUGUCACGGGAUUUCGAUGAGCUUGAAGAGACACUCAAAGUUCAGAAUGACUGUAUUACGAAUCUUUACCUCCGCGCUUCCAAUCUCCACCUUCAUUUGUCAGCUUUCUUUGAUGACCCAACGGCAAGAGAUUAUCGUGAGCGUCUGCUCUCCCUAUACAUUGCAACUACAUCAUUCCUCGAAGCUGCUAUGAAUCUUGAGACGGGGGUCGGACCGGUAUUGUCCUAUACUCCAUACUAUAUCUAUCAGAUGAUGGUUGCAGGGGGCUGCACGUUACUGAAGCUCUGCAAGAGCUUUUUUGCUUCUCAUAUUGAUAUGAACUACACUAAGGAUCUCUUUAAUCGAACUAUUUGGGCUAUCCGGGGUGUUUCCGUGUCGAGCAAUGACCUGCCCGAACGGUUGGCAGAAGUGCUAGCCCAAAUGUGGAGGCUUGGAGCGUCAACCCAUCAACAAGACUCAACAGCCAAUCAUACCGAGAUCGAUGGUUCCUUGAUGCUGAAAGUCCGGUGCCGUAUGAGCAUGUCACUUCUUUACGACUCGGUAUGGCGAUGGCGGGAAGAUACUCGGACCAAGGGCCGUAAUAUCGAGGCCUAUCUUAAGAAUCCAACAAACCCAGAUCUCUCUGCCGACUCUUCAGCGGCAUCGUCGGCCGGCCCAGGCCGUACCGCAACAUCGACGCCCGGUGUUGUUGGAGAUCCUAGUCUAGCCCCUGCUCCCUUGAUUCCACAAAAUCUAGGGGUGUCAUCUGGCAGUGCAGUUGGAGGGCUGCCAAGUGGGUUCAUGGAACCCAAUUAUGAAGUUUUUGACCCGUUGAAUUGGUUACUUGACGGGCUAGUGGAUCUGCCAUAUUCUUAUUCCACUGUUUCCGGGAUCGAUACUCAAGGGAUUGCAUGA